CCUACUGUAUAUGAGCCUGAUCACAACAUUUGAGAUGUAUGCAGAACUUUUACAUUGUUUUCCUGGGAGAUCAUGCUGGGAGUAGAGACAUAGCUCUAGACGCCCAUUUAAAUAUUCUCUCUGCUGUUAAAGGAAGCAUCCUUGAAGCCAAAGAAUCCAUGGUAUACAGCUACACAAAGAGCUUUAAUGCAUUUGCUGCUAAAUUGUCCGAGGAUGAAGCUAAGAAUUUGUCUGCCAUGGAUGAAGUAGUUUCUGUUAUUCCAAAUCAGUACCGCAAGCUACACACAACAAGAUCAUGGGACUUCAUAGGAUUACCUUUGACUGCUAAGAGAAAACUGAAAUCAGAAAGUGACAUAAUUGUGGCUCUUUUGGAUACAGGGGUCACUCCUCAGCUUCAAAGCUUCAAGGACGAUGGAUUUGGUCCUCCACCUGCAAAGUGGAAAGGAACUUGUGAUAAAUAUGCAAAUUUUUCAGGCUGCAAUAACAAGCUGAUAGGAGCCAGAUAUUUCAAGAUUGGUGGAAGGCCUGAUCCAUCUGACAUAUUAUCCCCCAUAGAUGUGGUUGGUCAUGGAACUCAUACUGCAUCAACAGCAGCAGGAACUGUUGUCCCAGAUGCAAGUCUCUUUGGCAUAGCCAAAGGAAAGGCUCGUGGUGCUGUGCCAUCAGCCAGAUUGGCAGUUUACAAAGUCUGCUGGGCGAGUGAUGAUUGUGCAGACAUGGACAUACUAGCAGCAUUUGAAGCUGCUAUACAUGAUGGUGUUGAUGUCAUAUCCAUUUCCAUUGGUGGAGGGAAUCCAAAUUAUGUGCAGGACUCUAUAGGAAUUGGAUCAUUUCAUGCCAUGAGGAAAGGCAUAAUCACUGUGGCCUCAGCUGGAAAUGAUGGACCAUUCAUGGCAACUGUCACAAAUACUGCACCAUGGAUUGUAACAGUGGCUGCUAGUGCCAUUGAUAGGGAUUUCAGGAGCACUAUUCAGUUGGGAAAUGGAAAGAAUUUUUCUGGGGGAGGGCUGACCACCUUCAAUCCAAAACAAAAACAGUACCCCCUUGUCAAUGGGACUGAUGCAGCCAGAAACUCUGGAAGCAAGGAAAAUGCUAGGUUCUGCUUUGAAGACUCCUUGGAUCCAAAUAAGGUGAAAGGAAAACUUGUAUACUGUAGUUUAAGUGGCUGGGGCAGUGAAUCUGUUGUGAAAGGAAUUGGUGGCAUUGGUACUAUAAUGGAAACUGACCAAGUUUUUGAAAUUGCCCAAAUAUUCAUGGCUCCAGCUACCAUAGUGAAUAGUAGCAUAGGUCAAAUUAUUAUCAAUUAUACACACUCCACAAGAUCGCCAUCAGCAUUAAUACAUAAGACCCACGAAGUAAAGAUUCCAGCUCCAUUUACUGCUUCAUUUUCAUCUAGGGGUCCAAAUCCAGCAUCUAAACAUAUUCUCAAGCCAGAUGUUACAGCUCCUGGCCUUAACAUCUUGGCAUCUUAUACACCUAUGAAGUCAAUUACUGGAGAGAAAGGAGAUACCCAGUUUUCUGAAUUUACACUUAUGUCUGGAACUUCUAUGGCAUGCCCUCAUGUUUCUGGUGUAGCAGCAUAUGUGAAAUCAUUUCACCCCAAUUGGUCUCCUGCUGCAAUAAGAUCAGCCAUUAUUACUACAGCUAAACCUAUGAGCCAGAGAAUUAACAAGGAGGCAGAAUUUGCCUAUGGUGCUGGUCAAGUGAGCCCUACAAGAGCUGUGAGCCCUGGUUUAGUCUAUGACAUGGAUGACUUUGCAUAUGUUCAGUUUUUAUGCCAUGAGGGCUAUAAUGGUUCCACUCUAUCAGUGUUAGUUGGCUCUCCUGUGAACUGCACCUCUUUGCUUCCUGGACUUGGCCAUGAUGCUCUCAACUACCCCACCAUGCAACUUAGUGUGGAAAACAACUCAGGCACAACAGUAGGAGUUUUCAGGAGAAGAGUGACCAAUGUUGGUCCUGCUCCAACCAUCUUCAAUGCCACCAUCAAAUCUCCCAAAGGAGUGGAGAUCACAGUGAAACCUGCAAGCCUCAUUUUCUCUCAUACUCAGCAGAAGAAGAGUUUCAAGGUAGUGGUGAAAGCAAAAUCUAUGGCAAGCAUGAAAAUAGUAUCAGGUUCCCUUAUUUGGAGAAGCACACGUUACAUUGUUAGGAGCCCUAUUGUUAUCUAUAGUCCAUAAUCAAGCUUGUAGCAUUCAUUGC